AUGAAAUCUGACUGCCUCUGGGUCAGAUGGAUUCAUUCCUAUUUCAUCAAAGGUCAGGAUCUGUUGCAUGUGGAGAUACCAACUUCUGCAUCCUGGGUCUACAAAAGCAUACUCAAUACUAGAGCACACAUUGCAGUAAUACAAGAGCAGUGGGAUAGAAGUCUGCUGGCUAAGAAGUUUCACAUGAGCAAGAUGUAUAAAGGAUUAUUGCAACAGGAGCCCAAUGUUGACUGGCAUACUCUACUGGUGGGCAACAUAGCAAGGCCUCGAGCUCUGUUCUACCUUUGGCUCACAUGUCAUCAAAAGCUUGCCACAAAAACUAGGCUGAAGAAGUUUGGUGUGGACAUUGAUACUAAAUGUUGUUUUUGCCAGGAAGAGGAAACAUUGGAGCACCUCCUUUUCUGUUGUGGCCCUAUGACAGUUAUUUGGCAGGAGAUUUUACUUUGGCUUGGGGUUGCCCGCACACCUUUACAAUGGCAUAGGGAAUUAGCUUGGAUCAUUUGA